AUGGAUCAAAAACACAUUCGCUGGAUUUCUAGCGCUUUAUCAAUUCUGGUUCUUUUUUGGAUAGUGCCAGUUAUUUUGGGAAAUAAAGAUAUAAUGAUAAACUCGUUUAUUUGUGGAGCAGUUGGAUGUUUGAUGAACUGGUAUCUGUUUUCAGUACAAGUUGGUGGAAGCCGCCCAUCAAAUAUUGUCAAUGUAUUCAGUAAGACACGGAGGGGCUUUCGUGGAAAUAAUGAAUGGUUUGCGAGAGUUGAUAGCUCUCAUGGGAAGGUGAACUACCAUCAUAUUAAUGUGAAUUCGAGAAUCACUGGUGUGCCAGAUCCACAUAUUUCAUUACCAGGAUGGGAGACUGGACUUGCAACAAUAAUAGCAAGAUUCUUGAAGUGUAUUCAAAAUAAUGUGGUGCUUGUAACGUUACUUCUACUCAUUGCUAUUUUUUUGAAACACAAGAAUAAUCAGCCAAAAGAAGGAUGGUACCGCGAGAUGUUAUCGAUUGGUGUUGGAGGUUUCUCUAGCUCUUGGUUAGGAGGUAAAAUUGGAACAUUCAUUUUCCCAGGAAUUGGAACUCUAGUGGGCACAAUUUACGGCGGAGUAAUUGGUGGAGGAGUUGUUGAAUUUCUGCGAUCUUUGAACACUGGUCUCCUUGUCGCUUUUUGUGUUAUGGAAUGGAGAUCUAAAUUUUCCAAAAAAGGAACAAAAAAGAACAACGAUGAUUAUUCGUGGUUGUUGUGGUUACUCAACGCAUUAGUCGACUUUGCGGAAAUAAAAGAGAUUCCAACGGAUGAAGAAGGGCGAGUUGUAUUGUUUUUAGCCAGACUUUUUGUGUAUAUCAUGGCAUAUUUUGGAGUUCAAGUGGCAACAUUUGAGAAACAAUUAAAUUGGAGCGAGAGCGGUGGUGGAGUCAUUGGCGCUACUAUCGGUCUGGUUCUAUGGGAAACCUUCUGCAAACUUUUUGAAAUGACUUUUACUCAAUUACCAUCUAUCUCAAACUCUACGAUGACUCUUCAAUAA